AUGGCCACGUCGACGGCCGACAUGGGUACUCCUGAGCUCAUGACGCCGUUCGAUGCGUCCGGUACGGCGCUGUCGACGGCAUCGCCGGCGUCGUCAUCGGCUUCGAGCUCUGGAGGCGAAGAAGGCGGAAAAACGACGUCGGCCACGGAACUGCUGGUGCCCGUUCCCUCAGGACGUGAAGUAGACGACGGAGCUGCGUGUCGCGACGAGACAGACGACGAUUCAGUGGCGACGAGCAAUGGCGCAAACGGACUCGCGGGUGCUUUUGGGAUGAUGAAAGACCGAGCAGCUACUGCUUCGAAGACGCUCGGACCGCAGUUGCUGCUCAUGAAGGACAAGACGAGCAAACAGUUUGGGAAGUACCAGCCCACGAUUGUGAAGGCCAAGACGUCAGCUACUGCAGGUUUGACGACGGCAGCAAGUAAAGUGAAGGAAGGGUCGACGCAAGGCUGGAGUCUAUUUAAGACCAAGUUGGCCGCAGCAGGACCGGCAGCGGAGAGGAUUCAUACAAUGGGGCUGAAUGCCAUGGCGGACAUGUACCUUGGCGAUACGACAGUGGACAUGGUGGCGCACGUGGACGACCCCAGGCGCGCAAGUUGUCUUUUCUUGCUGAAGUACAAGAAGAGCAGCGGCGUGGCAGCGGAAUCGCCAUCUCGAUCGCUCGGCCUGUUGAAACUGACACGAGCGAUCAGCGCUUCUAGCGCCCAGUCAGGAGAGAACGACCAAGAGACCACGACCAUCAGCUCAGGCGAUCAGUGUUUUUCGACGCCGUACGUGCUUGGCACUAUCCUGCUUUUCUGCGGAGACUUGCCCGUAUUGUCGCGAGUGUCUUGCGUGAACAAAAGCUGCCGGGACUUUAUCGCCUCGGAACGACACUUGGAGAAGUUCUGUGUUCGGUAUGGACAGCUUCCGUCGACUCUUCGCUUUGCGUACUGGGAGAAAACGUCCAACGCCCGCAAGACGCGAGAUAGUGCUGAGCUGGAUUACGAUACGUACUUGCAAAUGGGCCUGUCAAAGGGCGACGCGACAGAGUCGAUCAUGACGGACGUUCGUCGCACGUACGGUCGUGUGAUGCCUCAGAAACUCGUGGCAAACCGAAACGACGAAGCUCUUGAAGAAAAGUUGACCACUCAGUUGAGCGAGAUUCUGCACGCGGUGGCAGGUCGGUUUCCCGUUGUCGGGUAUUGUCAAGGCAUGGACUAUAUUGCCGCACACGUCUUGGACCAGGUGAAGAGAAGCGGCUGUGCUUCUGAUCUGAGAAGCGAAGCCGAGAGCACGUUUUGGUUGCUCGUGGUACUGUUUGAGCAGUACGGUCUGCACGACAUGUUUUCGCCGGGGCUGCACACGUUGCACGUGCACUGUUUCCAAACGCAGCGGUUGCUCGAGCUGUCCAAUCCAGCCGUCGCCGCGCACUUUGCAAAAGAGAAGGUGCCGAUUGAGAUGUUCAUUGUGGGCUGGUUCCAGACGCUGUAUCUGUACUUCAACGUGCUUCCUAGAGAGUCCCUGGACCGGAUCUGGGACGUCUUUCUCUUUGAGAAGAACUGGAAGAUCAUGUUACGAGUGGCGCUGGCGUUGUUACAGCUCUCGGACAAGUACGUGAUGGAAAAACCGAUUGACGAGAUCAUGCAGUUUUUCAACACGUUUGCGGACGAGGCACAAGAUAUACUUGCCGAAGCGCCACUGAUAGAGCGCGCAUUGCGUCUCAAAGUGACGAAUACGGUCCUUUCGAAACUGCACAAACAGUACGUGAAGCACAAGCGGACAAACACUCAGGCAGUCAGCUGA